CAAGGUUCGGAUUUUCUAAAAACAUGUUAUAUUGGCACGUGCAAGCGCGUGUAGAAGUAGGUGUAGUGAAACAAGUGAGUUACUCGCAGGCCCCCAUCGAGAGAUUCUUAUAAAUCUUUUGAAAAUCCCUUCCCUCUCUCCUUCUCAAUCAAUCGACUUCUCUCCAUCCGUUGCUCUGAUUUCUCCUUAAAUCCCGGCGAAUUCCUGUCCAAAUUCACGGUGGACAUUUCUUGAAUAUCUGGCCACCAGAUUCCUUCUCUCGUCUCUCCAUCACUACGAAGCUGACAUUUUCAGGCGAUUUCAAAGCCUCCGUUCGAACUUCCGGCCGUUCACUGUCAAGAAAUUGCCUGCAAUCAGAGAUAUUCCGAUCGGUUUCUUGAAUUUCCGGCCGUUCACUGUUAUUUCGUGAAAAUCGACUCUCCAGGAAAAAUUUUCACUUUCCGGCGUGUUUUAAAGAGUUUCCGAUCGGAAUAUCUCAGCGGUUUUUCAGAUAUCCGAUCGAAGUUUCCGGUCGGAAUAUUUCAGCGGUUUUUCAGCUGUAGAGUGGCUUUUUUGUAAAUUUGCAGAAGUUUCUGUCCAACUGCUGCGUACUGGUUUCCGACAAUUCCUGGCCGUUGGAUCACUGCUCUUACAUGAUCUUGUACUCUUGCAUAGAAGUAAAAUACGAAACUUCCCCUCAAAAUCUCGGAGAAGGAUUCAGCGGUCGAAUUUCCGGCUGUUUACUGUAGUUUCCGAUCAAUCGAUAGCUGAAGCUUCUGAUCGGCGUGCAUUUUCAGGCCGACCGCGAUUUUGCCGUUAAUUUCUCGUCAGCUUCAAAUGCGGUGGCGAGAUUUCACGGAGGAAGGACCGGUGGAUACAAUGACAGAAUUGAAGAGACAGCUAGGAACGGUGGACCACAACGGCACCAUUUGCAGCCCCAUGAAGAGGCAUAGAACUCAAGGGCCUAUUUCUACAAGGGAAAGGAAAGACAAGGUUGGAGAACGAAUAUCAGCUCUGCAAGAGCUCGUCUCCCCCUAUGGGAAGACAGAUACAGCUUCAGUUCUUCUAGAGGCAAUGGAAUACAUCAAAUUCCUUCAAGAUCAAGUUCGAGUUUUGAGUGCCCCAUACCUCCAGAACACGCCGCAGCCAAUGGUGCAGGAAUCAGAGUACUACAAUCUAAGAAGCCGAGGGCUGUGCCUCGUGCCAGUCGAAUGGACAGUAAGAGUCGCCCGCAGCAAUGGGGCCGAUAUGUGGGCCCCUACCAUGACUCCUACUAACCAAUGAAGAGCCUUUUUCUCUACUUUUGAAUUUGGAAUGAUCUGCUGAAGUGAGAUGUUGCAAGCUGAAUUGCAAAGCAGUAUCAUACAAGUGCUGGGAACCAGGUUGUUUAUAGUGCAUGAACCACCCACUUUGGGGGCCAUCAGAUAAACAGCUAUCUCCGUCGCCAAAACCAGGGGCCCCACUGGCAAAAAAAAAAUCUGAAAGAUCCGGACCAUACCUGGGAGACACUGGACCGAGCAUUAUAUAAUUUACCAUUCCCAUGCUGACACACAUGGUCCCAACUUAGAAAUGCCAGGGCUCCAAAGCAAAUGAGAGGUGGGUUGGAAGGCUGAGAGGAAUUUCAUUCCCAUAACUGGGAUUGAAGCAGAACCGUCUGAUUGAUCCGCAUGGUUUUGAAAAGGGGAAUCUACAAAUAUUUGUCAAAGGGCAAUUGCGUGUAUCCAGCCCUAUAUAUUCCAUAUUAGUGUAUUUAGCAGAAUAAUAUCUAUAUAUAUCAGCAAGCAUUCAGCUCCUUAAUUUCCA